ACACUUAUUUUAUUAUUAAUUUGUAAUGUCUAUUGUGGAUAAAUCUCUAAUUUAUUGCUUGAUUCGAAAACCUACGAGUUUGGAUUGUUCUUCUUCCUAUGAAUUUUCUUUAAUCGCGACAGAUUUUUAUUAAUUUGGGACCCCCUUGAUUGAGCCUGCCUUUCACAGUCUUUUCAAUUUACAUACAAAUCUGUCUCUGUAGGUAUGUCUGCUUGACUCAUUAGUCUUUGCACACCCAGAAACUUGUGGAUAAGAAUGAUUCUCUAUCCUUCAUAGACUUGACUGCAAAACCCAUCAAGAAUGGCUGGCGCUUAUUAGGAAACAACAAUAGAAGAACAAACGAAUUCAUCAUCUGAAACAUAAACAUGAUGGGUUGUUUUAAUUUUGGAUUUAUCUUCUUCGCCUACUUGUUUUGUGUUUCUAAUUUAUUGAUCACCAUACAAUACACAACUGCACAACAAUAUGUUUAUCAUUUUUGUUUAGGAGAUAAUUACACUGCUAACAGUACAUUUCAAGAUAAUCUCAAUAGUCUUCUUCCUAUAUUUUCGUCCAUAGACGAGUCUACAAUCAUUGACGAUGCAUUCUUCAACUACUCAGUUGGGCAAAGCCCGGAUACCGUUUAUGGAUCUUACCAGUGUAGACCUGACGUAGAUACAUCUGCCUGCCCAAGUUGUGUUAAAAUGGCUACUCAAGAGAUCACAGGUAGAUGCCCGAAUUCUAAACAAGCAAUUAUCUGGUAUGCUGAGUGUAUGUGUAGGUAUUCAAAUCAAUAUUACUUUGGUAUUAUGCAGGACAAACCGGGAGUUUAUCUAUGGAAUAAUGUUAAUAAUGUUUCUAUUCCUGAUCAGCUUACCCCUAUUUUAGGUGAUUUAUUGAAAAAAUUAGUCGGAGAAACUGUGUCUAGUUACCGUCGUAAUUUUGCUGAUGGAAAAACAAAUGUUACUGAUAAUACAAAAGUGUAUGCCUUCGUACAGUGUACUGCAGAUAUAUCUUCAAGUGAUUGUAGUCCAUGUCUUCGUGGAGCUAUAUCUGAAUUACCAAAUUGUUGUGAUGGAAAAAGUGGUGGAAGAAUCAUUAGACCUAGUUGUAAUUUUAGAUAUGAGUUAUAUCCCUUCCUGCUGGAUAUUAAUGCUCCUUCACCACCAUUAGCAUCAUCUCCUGCUCCUAUCCUAUCACCGCCUCCUCCUCUUGCAUCAUUGCCUCCACCGCCAUCUCCAACAAAUACAACUACAUCAAACUCAAAUGGGAAGAAAUCACCCAUACUUGCUAUUAGCAUCGUCGUUCCUUCAGUUAUCGUAAUAAUUUCAGUGAUUGUCUUUUGGUUCUUCUGUUACCAUGGAAAAAAAACGACAAAGUAUUUUGACGGUUUCAAUGAUGAGAUGCAAAGCACGGAAUCCUUCCAAUUCAACUAUAGUAUAGUAAGUGCUGCAACAGAUAAUUUUGCUGAAGCUAAUAAACUCGGAGAAGGUGGGUUUGGAUCUGUUUAUAAGGGUACACUUUCAGACAGUCAAGAAAUUGCGGUGAAGAGGCUAUCCAGAACUUCCAGACAAGGUGGGCAAGAGUUCAAGAAUGAAGUUACUUUAGUAGCUAAACUUCAACAAAGAAAUCUUGUGAAGCUUAUAGGUUUCAGUCUAACUGGUGAAGAAAAACUGCUCAUCUAUGAAUUCAUGCCAAAUGGAAGCCUUGAUAAAUUCCUAUUCGAUCCAGUUAAACGUACACAGCUUGAUUGGGAAAGACGAUGCAGGAUAAUAGGUGGGGUAGCAAGAGGACUUCAAUAUCUCCAUGAGGAGUCUCGGCUUAAAAUCAUCCAUCGGGAUCUCAAAGCUAGCAAUAUACUAUUAGAUAUAGACAUGAAUCCUAAAAUUGCAGAUUUCGGCAUGGCUAGGCUUUUUGUGCUUGACCAGACUCAGGCUAGCACAACCAGAAUAGUUGGAACGCAUGGCUACAUGGCCCCGGAGUAUAUAAUGCAUGGUGAAUUCUCUAUAAAAUCAGAUGUUUUCAGUUUUGGUGUCUUAGUUUUAGAGAUACUUUGUGGUGAAAGGAACAGCGAUUUUCAUAAAACAGAUGUUGCUUGGAACCUUUUAAGCUAUGCAUGGAAACACUGGAAAAAUGGAUCUGCUAUAGAAAUAUUGGAUCCAGCUAUGAAAGACACAUGCUGUAUAAAUGAGGCAGUUAGAUGCAUCCAUGUUGCACUGUUAUGUGUUCAAGAAAAUUUUGCAGAUAGGCCGUCAAUGCCGACAGUUGUCCUAAUGCUGAACAACUACUCCGAGCUUAAUCCUUAUUUACCUUCAGCACCUGCAUUUUUGGCUGAUAGUACGAGACAUAUAAAGCCCCAUCCAACUUUAUAUCCUGGCAACAGUGAAGAACGAGGAUUCUCAAAGAACGAAACAAACAGUGAAGCAGCGACGUGUAGCUUGAAUGAAGUUUCAGUUACAGAAAUACGCCCUCGCUGAUGACGAAUGUUUUUGAUUUUACCGUCCAGACCCUUCACCAAAUGCACGAUCCUCUCCGAAUCAGUCUUUCAUGGUAAGGAAACAAUUACACCACUACCAAACAUUGAAAAAAAAAAGAUUAUUGAGUUUGAUCAAGAAAAAAGAAGUUCCAUGCCGGAAGCUAGAUUAAAUAAUGUAAACGCCAUCUGAAUGAUAAUUUCUGAUUAAAUUGUCGGCCCAUCCAACAGUCAACGGCACUGGACGAGUGGGAAAUUUUACAAAUUUUAUCUCGUUAGAAAGAUUAUAAAAUAAUUUAUCCAAUGAGUACAAACAACAAUAUCAAAUUUAAAAUUUUUACGAAAAAUUCGGACGUUUUCAUCAUUUUAGUCACAAUUCUAGAAAAUUAAAUGUG